UGGCUCAGAGUGAGUGUAACGAGUUUGAUUCUCCUCUUUGCUGAAGCAGGCGAAGAUGGAAUCUGAGAAGGCGGACGCAGUAGAAGCACGAAAGUGCCACAACAUCCACGAGGCUGCCGAGUGGGGAAACCUCGGAGCGCUGCGGCACUUCGUGCGCCGAGACGCCACCUUGGUGCACGAGAAGCAGAGUGAUGGUCAGACGCCCCUCUGCUUCGCGGCGCGGUUCAACCACAGCGCGGCCGUGAAGCUGUUGCUGGACGCCCGGGCGGCCGUCGAUGCUGCGGAAAACUACAGCAGUACCCCGCUGCACACGUCGGCCAUCUAUGGCUCCGCCGAGGCGGCUGAGCUGCUGCUGAGCUCCGGCGCUCCACUGGAGGCGGCCGACUGGCGUGGCAAUCGGCCACUUCACGUGGCCGCCCGGGAAGGCCACUCCACCUGCGUGGAGCUCUUGAUGAAGGCUGGGGCCUCGCUGGAGGCCACCAACACAUGGGGUCAAACUCCACUGGAUUUAGCCAGGGAAUACCAACGAGAAGAAGCCGUGAACAUCCUGGCCAAGGUGCAGCUGUUGGAAUGCCAAAAACGUGGAAUGUCUCCAUUGCCGAUGGUGCGUUUGUGCUUUGUGGGCCGGGGCCGAGCAGGCAAGACUACAACUCUGAGGCGUUUGAAGGGAGAGGAGACCAUAGAGGGCAAGGAGGUGUCGACCUACGGCCUGCAGGUUUGGGCUGGUGAGAGGCCUCUAGAUCUCGACGAAGGGUGGCAGGAUUGUAAGAUCGACUUGCUCGAUCAAUGCGCAGCAACGAGUUUGCAAGGACACUAUGCAAAUUGCAGUCAGGACACCCUGUCUCCACAGUCAGCUGAGGGACUUCAAGAACAGAAGCCGGAGAACAAGCACAGAGAUCCGCUAAGAGACAUUGACAUGUCACCUGAAAGUGAGAAGGUGGAGCUGGAAGCUGAAGAAAGUGAUGCAGAGGGAUCUGAAAGUGAGAACAAGUUUGAUUUGGAAGCAGAUGAAACAAACAGCAAACGACUGGAAAGUGAGGAGAGCGUUGGCCCAGACGCAGCAGGAACAAGUACCCAGAAGCCUGAAAGUGAGAAGAAGCUUGACAAGUCUGAUGCAGAAGCAGCUGCAGGAAGCAAUGAGGAACCUGGGCCUGGAAAACGACGAUCCACAAUGUAUGCGCGCCAGAUGGAUGCUGGGCUGGUGUUCAAAGCAACCAAAGGUGCUUCUACAGCAACUCGCCUGCAGUGCUUUGAUUUCCCAGGCCAGAAAGAAUAUGCGCUUAUCAAUCUGAUCUAUUUUCAUGGCCGUGGAAUCUAUCUUGUCUUCAGUGACAUGAGCGUGGAGCUUGAGGAGGCUUGGAAAGACCUCAAGUUCUGGUUGUGGUCGGUUUGCCGCUAUGCCACCGACGGUCCUCAAGAUGAGCCGAGAGCCAAGCCAGCCAAGCUGCCACCGAUCAUAGUGGUUGGCACCAAAUAUGCAAAGAGCAAGUUUCGCAAGGAAGAAUUGCAGAAGCGCAUCAAUAGUUUCAUCAAGGAAAUGCCAGGUUUGGAGGGUCGAGUCAAGAGUUUCAUUUGUUUGGAUAAUUUUUCCAAAAAUACAAAGAGCCAAAUUCAAAGCUUGAGACGGGUAAUUCGCAAUCUUACAGAGGAAGUGAUGAUGACACCUGAGGCUUGGAAGCAGAACCGCUGGUUUCCCUCCAAAAUGUUUCGUUCUGAGAUGCCAAAGCAUGUUGGUUUGCAAGCCGAACAGUAUCCCAUAGCCUGGAUCCAAGCCCAUGAACUCUUGAGCCAGCUUGAUGGAGGCCUGAAGCUGAAGGUUGAGCACAAGUGCUUGGUGGAAAGCUUACGGAAAGGCAAAGGUGGCAAAGGGUACCUCGAGUUUGACCUUUCCGGUAGGCAUAUUCCAAGGGGUCAUCGUGUGACGGCUCCAAAAGGCUCAACGGUACGAUCAUUACUUGGAGAUAUGGGAUAUAGGGCUGAUGGCGAGUGGGAUUUUGAUGCGCUUCACUGGACACUUGCAGAGAAUGAAGGAUCUUCACUGCAAAUUGAGGUUUCAUGCGAUUUCCUGGACUUGGAACAAGUUUUCAAUCUGCUGGCCAACAUGAGACCACAGCCUGUGGUGGGAAAUGAAGUAGAGAAAGUUUUGAAGCUCAUGCAUUGUUUAGGUGCAAUUUGUUGGCUGGAUGCUGAUGGUUUGAGAGAGACAGUAGCUUUGAAUGUCCGAAAGCUAUCCAUUGCUCUGGCAGAGCUGAUGGCGCUGCGCUUUUGGGAGGAAAGCAAAUUGGAACACGACGAAAGAUUUGGCAAAAGAUUGCAAGAGUCCACAAAAACGAUUCCAGAUGAUGUUUUGAGGUUUCAAACCAGCGGUGUUGUGACAAAGGAGUUGUUGCGAUGUGUUUGGGAAGAAGAAUUCACUGUACCGCAGCAGGAGUUGGUGCUAGAAGUCAUGUUGCAGAAGGGUCUCAUGGUCCGUCGAGCUGUUUGUGAUGAAUUUACGGUACCGUCCUGCCUUCCGGUCACAUAUUUGCCGGAACCUCCGUCGACAGCAGACUCCAGCGCUGUUAUUUACAUUAACUUGGAAGGCUUCGUUUUUGCAAACCUAUUGCCAAAGAUUGUAGAAUUCCUACUCGAAAGUCAGUUCCUUCACCUGACCGCUCCGCCUCAAAGCUUUCGAAACUUCAUUGAGCUGCGAUCCGACGAUGCUUUCAUCAUACUGUCCCUGGCUCCGGUGACAAAGCAACGUCUACUCCGGGUCCAAGUAACGACGGAAGCUGGUGCUGAGGAUGCCAGGCACAAAGCCUCGAGCCUUGCGCAAGCCUUUUCAAGUGCAGUUGGACUCGCUUCUCUACCCAGCACAAGUCCAGGAACUGCCCACUGCAUGGGUGAUUUGGAGCAGAUGCUUCAAGUCAAGUUGUCAAAGCAGGACAACGAUGUUGAUGAUGCAGAUCGCUUUCUCAGGAAAAAUCCAUGUCUCAAUUUGGAGUGUGGCAGCCGUUGUCAGGCCUGUGCUCGUUCAGAGAAGAUCUCGGAGCUGUUGGAAGAACGUUUUCUUCAAGAUCUUAGUCCAGAGUUGUGCCAAAUGGUCUUCGUCUCCUCCCUCCAGAAGUUUUCCAGGCCCUUUGGCAGCUUCCGGUUUGCGAAUGUAUUGUAUCCUGGUGACGUCGACAUUGAGGAGUAUGUCGUUCUCAAGGUUGAUGGAGGGGAAGAGGCUGACUGCAAGCUAAAAGCCUUACAGGAGUUGAGUUUGCAGAUUCAAGCGCUGUGCCAAAACAUCCAGAAACUAACGGAAUCAGAGAGGAAGGGGCCAAUCCGGUGCCACUGGUCAGGGCUCAAAGCCGGCAAAGGUGAAAACAGACAGACAUUGGUUUGGAGAGCUGAAGAGAUCUUGCACGGCGAAAAGGCUGGUGUUCCAUUGUACCAGGCAUUGGAGCAGGGACAUGGUUCCUGGACCGCCAAGAUCGACGUGUUUGCGAAGGUCAACCUCUUUAGCAAUGCGCCAAGCCAUGCGGCGCAUUUCUAUGAAGUGACCAACGUGAUCCGUUUCGGAUACUCAGUUGGAAGCUCGAACAUUAUCCAGCCAGUGACGAAGGAAAAGGACUUUCUGAAAGCUGUUCAAAUGAAUAUCCGUGAAUAUUCUUCUGAGCAUCCGAAAGCUUUGAAGUAUGUGAAGCGCCUAUGGGAGCGAAGUGCCUUCAUGGCCCAGAGGAGUUUUCAUGUCGAUCAGCAUUUCCAAAUGCUCCAAGCUCUGAAGCCCAUUUUUCGGCAUUGGGUCGCGGAACUGGCUCAAAUAGCCGCGCAUGCUGAGACAUUGACCAACAUGCUGGUUGCAAAGGAUAAGGAUUUACAACAGAUGCAAGAUGAUGCCUUGGCGGAUGUAGAUGUUCUUUGUGAGAAUGUGGGAGUUCUUCAGACAAAGUGCCGUUCCACUAGUGAUGACCCCGCUGCUGCAGAAGGCGUCGAGUCCUUACAAGAUGUGAUGCAGCUUUUGGAGCCUCUGAAACCUUUUUCGAGUGCAGACGUGAAGAAUGUAGUGGAUGUCCUUCAUCAAGUUCAAGAUCUGAUGAGCUGUUGCGUCGAGGUUGUUGUGAGUAACUGGCUUGGGGAUCAGACAAGAUUCACAAGUCCCGUGUCCAAAGCGUUGCAUGGAAGGUGGACGUUCCCAUCCGACCACCCUCCGAUUGGGUGUAGAAUAUCAGAUAAAAGCGGCAUGAACCUCCAUUUGGUGUCCUGGAAUGUACUGAAUCAGCGUUACAUGAAGUAUAUCUUGAAUGAUUCGCAGGGAUUGAAGGGUUCCAAUAUUUGUUCACAGAGUGAAGAGGAAAGGACAGAUGAUAUAUGUGGAAAAGUCAUGCAGAUCAUCCAGAAAGAAGAACUCGAGCGGCGGGUUGGCAUCGUGUGCCUUCAAGAGUGCUGGCCUGCACUAUUGAAUCGGCUGAGAGGGAGGAUGCCAAGCCGCUUAGAAUUGCUCCGUGCUGACGAGGAGGUCCGCAACCAAGAGGCAAUAAUUGUGGAUCGCGGCACUCUUCAGAUUUUGGACGUUGACCGUCAUCACCCAUUUAAACCAGACCAGGGGAAGGUGGUCACAGAAGUUGUCUUGCAGCUGAAGAAUGGAGACCGGAAGUUUCGGAUUAUCACAACGCACCUUCCAGGUGCACCUUAUGGCAGGGCUCGGCGUGAAUUCUGUGACUUUGUGGCCCAGCGGAAGGAUGCUUAUGAAGCCAUUCCGACCAUUCUUGCCGGCGACCUCAACUUCCCAGAGGAGGCUAUCCGUCCAUUGAUGAAGCACAAAGGGAAGCUGCAGAAUGUUCACUUCAUUCCAAUUUCGUAUCCAACCAACUUAUGCCAGGGAUCUCUUCUUCCUAAGAGGAUUGACUGCAUUGCAUCACUCUCCAGCAAGGAGCAGCUGAAGGUAGAGCCAAUGAAAGCGGACGAAGUGCUUCCCAACCUGACGGAGCUCGUGGAACUCUUGGCAUCCAGGUCUUGGGACUUGGCAGAGCCGGUCUUGUCGCCUUUGUUGGAAGAGCAACCACUGGAGGCAGCUGCAGAGGUGUUCGCAGGAAGCCUGAAUGGGCUUUGGGCAGAAGUGCAGAGAAAUGCAUCGGCAAUGUGCUGCUGGUCACGAUCAUGACAUUCCGCUGAUGUUGACCGACCUGGUUCAAAACAGCUGAGAAGCCGAUUCCGAUGUUGACUAGAAAUUGAAGCAAGGCGCGCUGCCUGACUCAAGUAGCUAGCCAAAGCAGCUAGCUCAUGAUACACUUUGCAAUACUGUAGCAGUUUUCAGAUCUUGGAUUUUCGGUGUCAUAAUCAACUGCUGCCUAUAUCAGAGUGUGACAAUCCUUCAAAUGAAAUUAGG